AUUUAUUAUGUCAUAUAGCUACCUCUUUAAAUUUAUAUUGAUUGGUGAUACAGGUACAUAAAUAAAUAAGUGAUAUUCCAUUUUAGGUGUUGGGAAAUCUUGUCUUCUUUUAUAAUUCAUUGAUAAGAGAUUUAGAUAAAAACAUGAAGUCACGAUUGGUGUAGAAUUCGGUGCAAGAAUGAUAGAGUUUGAUGGUUAAAACAUUAAAUUACAAAUAUGGGACACAGUAUUCUUAAAUUCUAUAUUUAUAUAGGCAGGAUAAGAAUCAUUUAGAUCUAUUACUCGUUCUUAUUAUCGAUCUGCUGCUGGUGCAAUUAUUGUCUAUGAUAUUACUAAGAGGGAAACCUUCGAAAACAUUUCUCGAUGGUUAGAAGAAGCUAAACAAAAUGGAAAUCCUAAAUUAACUUUUACUCUUGUUGGUAAUAAGAGUGAUUUAGAAGCAGAGUAAAUUUAUCAAUCAUAAUCUUUAGUCGACAAGUCUCUUUUGAAGAAGGUUAAGAAUUUGCUAGAAAUAAUGGCAUCGAUUUUGUAGAAGUUAGUGCUAAGACUGCUAAUAAUGUAGAAGAAGUAUUCCUUAAGACAGCACAACAAAUUUUAGAAAAAAUUAACAGUAAUCAAAUCGAUCCAAAAAAUGAAAGUCAUGGAAUCAAAAUUGGUACUGAAUAAGGCAUCAAAAAAUCUGUUAUUAAUAAUACUCAAUAAUUAUAACCAUAACCAGAAGCUGAAGAAAAGUAAGGAACAUGUUGUUGAAACAG